GGAUCGAGGAGGAGGGGAGGGGGUGGGAGUUGUUGUCGGCGUUGUCAAGGCUAUUAACAUCAAAGCCCUCGAAGUCAGCAGCGACGAAGGUGAAGCGGCGCAAGAGCUCAUGGGUGAGGAUGGAGAGGAUGGAGAGGAGGGCGAGGAGGAGGAAGGCAUCACUGCAUGAUGAGACGGAGGCGGUCACAGCCCAUGGCCACCAGAUCAGGCUCGUCUUCGAUCGCCUGAUUGGCAUGGACGAACGGAGGGAGAGAGACGGAAAUGGAUGGAGGCGAUGACAUGGGGAAGAAAAAUUAUUGCGUGCACCGCCAAAUGCUGGUGCAUUCCACCAAUCCCCAGAGUUAUCCCCGCACUCAUCUUAGGGCGAUCAUGGCCGUGCACAUGGUGCAUACAAUAAUUUGUUUGUAAUAAAUAUAUUAUAUUAUAUAUAAUAAAUAUAUUAUAUUAUAUAAAUAUCAGGUUCCAGCCAAAUCUGCGAACCCGAGUCUAGCUUAUGUAAUGGGUCGGCUUAAAUUUCAGACCCGAUCCGAUCCUCCCGUCUUAAAGAAUAAGAUCCAAACCCAUCCGAAACGAUCCAGGCCCGGGCGGACCGUACCGUCUGACUCAUUCUCUAUCCCUGUACUGGGCCUCACACUCAAAUGUCGCCGCUCGGCCCACGGGAUUGCUAAUGGCGGGAAACACCGCUCCUUUCUCUUCCCGCGCAAAAUAGUCUGCUACAACACCUUUUUAAUCGCUCUUCCCCUCUCUCCCGUCUGCAACCGCCGCUCUCCAACGCGAAGAUCCGCGUCUCAUUUCCAGACUCCAACAAGGAAGCCAUUUGGAAGCCCCAAGAGAAAAAAACGCUGCAAUGGCCAAGACCAGAAGCACCAACGGCGGCCCCGUAUGCCCCAAUGGAUCCCCCCAUUCGGAGGCAGUGGAAGAGAGGACGGAGAAUAAAAAACGGUCGAGAUCCCAAUGCCCGGACCAAAGCCCGAUCAAAACCCGUUCUCCGGCGAAGUGGAGAUCGCCUGUCGGUUGCACCACCAAUGGUGACACCUGUUAUGGAAACGGAGAUAGCAAGAUUUCCAAUGGCAAGCCCUUAUGCUCUCCUAAAUCUCCGAGGAAAAGGUUGUCUGAUCAAUUUUCUCAGAGACCCAAGUGGAAUCCAAGAGAUCCUGCGCAGAUGCAAGCAGUUAAGGAAGCGCUGCAUGUAGCUACAGUCCCUACCAAUGUGGCAUGUCGCGAGGAUGAGCAGAAAAGGAUUCUUGAGUUCUGCAGGACGUGCAUCGAACAAGAGAAAGCUGGUAGUUUAUAUGUAUGCGGUUCCCCCGGAACUGGAAAAUCGUUGUCCGUUGAUAAAGUGAAAGACCUUCUAGCUGUGUGGUCAAAACAGGUGGGAUUUCAGUCACUAGAUACGUUAGCCAUAAAUUGCACUUGUCUCACUGACACAUCUGAAAUUUUUAGCAAGAUACUUGACAAAUUUCAUUCUCGAAAGAAGACAAGCAAUGGUUUUUCGCCUCUUCAGCAUCUCCAAAAUUUGUUCUCUCAAAAAAGGCAGGCAUCUUCAGGAAAGAUGAUGUUGAUCAUUGUUGAUGAGAUGGAUUACUUGAUAACUAAAGACUGUGCUGUGCUUCAUGAUCUUUUCAUGCUUACAACUUUCCCAUUUUCCAGAUGCAUUCUAAUAGGAAUAGCAAAUGCUAUCGACUUAGCAGAUCGAUUUCUUCCAAAACUCGAAUCACUGAAUUGCAAACCUGUGGUUAUAACUUUCCGUGCUUACUCUAAAGACCAGAUACUGAAAAUCCUUCAGCAGAGGCUUAUGGUUCUUCAAUUUGAUGUCUUCCAACCUUUAGCACUGGAAUUUUGUGCUAGAAAAGUUGCAGCGGCAUCUGGAGAUAUGAGAAGAGCACUUGGUGUUUGCAGGAGUGCAGUUGAGGUGCUCGAAGCACAGCUGCGAGAUGUUGCUAGAAACCAAGAUAUUGACAUUGUAAUGUUUGAUCAUAUGGAUAUUGCUUUAUCCAAGGCAUUCAAGUCAGCAGUAGUGGAUACCAUACAAUCUCUUCCACAACAUCAACAGAUAAUAUUAUGCUCCUUAGUCAAGCUAUUUCGCCAGUGCAAGAAGAAUGCUACCACUCUUGGAGAGCUGAAUAAAUCAUAUUCGGAAACCUGCAAAUUCAGUCAAAUCCCUGCAGUAGGAACGCUGGAAUUUACAAACAUGUGCAAAGUGCUGAGUGAUCAGGUUCAAAUGUCCAGGGGCUUCUCAAGCUUGGGCAAUCUAGGGAAGAUAAAUUGAAGAGAGUGACAUUACAAAUUGAUAGUUCAGACGUCACAUUUGCUUUUAAGGGAAUUCGAUUUUUUCAAACCUGCCUGGUGUAGUGAUGAUCUGAGCUAAAGAUGAAUGUGGCUUCUUUUUUCAAGUUUUAAUCUCAAGAUAUGUAGUAGUUGCUCUUCAAAUAUUGCCUGCAGGUGGCUUUUCAUCACCAAGAUUCUGCCAAAGCACUAUGGUUGAAAGAUAGAUAGUAUCCUCAACACCUUCACCCUGGAUUACUUAUCUCACAAAUAAGCGACAUAAACUCAUGAUGGAUGGUUGAAGACUGAAGUUCACAGAGGUCAAGAAGACUCGAAGGAAGUUCCACUACUCGUUGUAUCAUACGAUUAUUUGGCUAUCCUUGAAGUAACAACCAACAGAUGCCUCCAACAAACCAAAAAUAAAUUUGUGAUUUUUGGUACAGCUGAUUUACAAUAAUUCAGAUCCAAUGAUUGCAUAAUUUAAGCA